CCCACACUGGCUGCAUUCCAUUUUCAGGUGCUGUGUAUCGUAAAACAAUAUAAAUAUAAUUAAACGUGACACUCACUCAGUAUACUCGUCAUUGCGUUUGUGUCGAUCGGAUCGCAGUGUGUGCGGCCCUUAAACGGACAACGAACAGUAAAGCUCUCGGUAUGAUUUCGCUCAGCUGUAUCGGUGCGUGGAUUGUCCUACUUACGGUCGGAUGUUCCGUAACGCAUGGUAAGCAUUAUGUUGGGUUUUGGGGCGGUUCAUUUCCUGUUCCGAUUUCGUCCACCAAGUAACGUUUGAUGCCUUCCCUCGUUCCACGGCUGCAGCCGAUGACUCGAAGAUCGUCGGUGGCAUGACAGCUAACGAGCGCAUCCCGUACCAGAUCUCGCUCCAGGUGCUGGUAAGCUCGUUCUUUGGCUUUGGGCCGAAGCGCUGGAUGCACAACUGUGGCGGCUCGAUCGUGAACGAGUACUACGUGGUAACGGCCGCCCACUGUCUGGACGGGAUGGACAUUAACCGGAUGUCGAUCGUGGCCGGUACGAACGAUCUGCGGAACGACAGUUCGAAGGGUACGCGCUACUUCCUCGAGUCGUACAUGAUCCAUCCGGACUACAUCGAGCUGAACCGGAGCGACAUCGGCGUGAUGCGCGUGAAGGAGGCGUUCACGUUCAACGAGAACGUGCAGCCGAUCCGCUACUCGUCCGACUUUGUCGGGGGUGGUGUGACGUGCCUUCUGACCGGGUGGGGCUACACCAUGCCGAUCCGUGUCGGAUCGACGCCCAAGGACCUGCAGGAGGCGGAACUGACGACGAUCACGAACGACCAGUGCCGGGAGCGCGGCAUGCCCGUUAACCCGACCGAGAUCUGUACCUUUACCCGCGUUGGGCAGGGUGCUUGCGGGGGUGAUUCCGGUGGUCCGCUGGUGUGCAACAAUCAGCUGUCCGGCGUCGUUUCGUACGGUACGCGGUACUGUGGUAUCGGUGUGCCGGAUGUCUACACGCGCGUGUCGGAGUUUGACUCGUGGAUUCAGGAAAAUACGCAAACCAGCGGUUCUUCCAGCGAUACGCCACCGGCUGGAGAGUAGCAACCUGCCUGAAGUGGCUCACAGAUUUCCAAUCCCUUCGUCCAGGAGUGAAGAUCUCAAACCAUGCACCCUACUACCCAGCAAAGAAAUAAAGUAAAUGUAAUAUAAUAUUUCAAUUUAAAAAACCACA